CAUCCUCCUUUCCUCCUCCGUUCAUUGUCGGUAUACCGCCGCCGCUCAUCAGAUCUCCUCAUCAAAGCGAGUGCUUUUGGAGCUCGUACAGGACACGAGAUGUGGAACUCUGAGAACAAGCUGAAGGUCGCCCUCGACUUUGGCUUGUUUCUUGCGUCUUCGGCAGCGCUUUACUUUGCUGUUUCUCUUCUGACGGAUACCGCGCUCCCCAAGCGGCAAGCCGUCAAAGGGAAGAAGAUAGAAGCGCUCAAACGCCUCGGACACCACAACAUAGAGCUUGACGAGUACGAAUCAACCAUCGCGAACGAGAUCAUCCACCCCGACGACAUCGACGUGCGCUUCAGCGACAUCGGCGGGCUCGAUCCCAUUGUCUCUACCCUCCGCGAGAGCGUCAUAUACCCCCUCCUCUACCCCGAGCUCUUCCGCUCCUCGAACGCGCUCCUCUCCGCCCCCAAGGGCGUCCUCCUCUUCGGCCCGCCCGGGUGCGGGAAGACGAUGCUAGCGAAGGCGCUGGCGAAGGAGAGCCGGGCGACGUUCAUCAACAUCGCGGCGAGCGCGCUGGCGAGCAAGUGGUACGGGGAGAGCAACAAGCUCGUGGCGGGCCUGUUCUCGCUGGCGCGCAAGGUGCAGCCGAGUAUCAUAUUCAUUGAUGAGAUCGACUCGUUCUUGAGGGAGAGGAGCAAGAAUGAUCAUGAGGCGACGGGGAUGCUGAAGGCGGAGUUUAUGACAUUGUGGGACGGUCUCAUGUCCGGCUCCGACCGAAUAAUGGUCCUGGGUGCCACGAACCGCCCAAAUGAUAUCGACUCUGCCAUCCUCCGCCGCAUGCCCAAGCGCUUCUCGGUCGGCUUGCCCAACUUUGAGCAGCGGUUGAGGAUAUUGAAUCUGAUGCUCAACGGCACCUCCCUCGCGCCCGAGUUCAACAUGGACGCGCUCGCGCAGCUCACCGACGGCUUCUCGGGCUCGGAUCUGAAGGAGCUCUGUCGGAACGCGGCGAUGGUGCCCGUGCGGGAGUUCGUGCGGAGCACGGCGGAUAACCAGGAGAAAUUGGAAAGAGGGGAGUUGGAGGGCUUCCACCUUCGGCCACUCGUGUUGGACGACUUCUUUGCGUCGGACGGGUCGAGCGCGCUGCCGUCUGCUGAUGGGAGCCCGGCACUGGAUUAGUGGCACUGGCCCAGGGAUGCCUGUUGCAGCGACAGUUAGAUGCCCACGCACCGGAGGACGGCCCCACGCAUCGGGGAACGGCCCACGCACACGAGGUGUCGUUCUUUCUAUACGUACCAUACACUUUGUUAUCUUAUUGUGCACUUCGCAGAGGUGCGGUGCGGUGUAUUCAUAAUCCCAUUUCAUGAAAUGUGCUGUGCGGAGACGCAAUAGUUCAGGAAGAUCGGCU